AAGACCAAGGGAGGCGGCUAUUCAAAAGAACCCAGACAGUGUCGCAAGGUACUGUCGACCACCACCAAUCGAUGAUUGUCGGGUCAAAAUGGCGACUAUCACGCAACAGGAACACGCGCUGACAGAGUCGUACGAGCUCGCCGACGCGUCCAAACAAGCCCCAUCACGAGAUGCUCCGGAACCCGCAACACACCCAGAGCCCGGCGACGAAGACAGACUCGACAAGAGGACUCUAUUGAAGCUUGUUGCCGCCGGCUUCUCCUUCUUCAUGUCCGGGGUCAACGAUGGCAGCGUCGGGCCUCUUCUCCCCUACAUGAUUCGCGACUACAACAUUAGUACGGCUGUUGUGUCCAUUAUAUACGGAGCAAACUUCCUUGGCUGGUUUCUCGCAGCCCUCACAAACACCUAUCUCAGCCAGAAGUUCAACCUCGGCGGCCUCCUCACCUUCGGCGCCUUCUUCCAACUCUUGGCCCACGCUCUUCGUGCGUGGAGGCCUCCCUUCCCCUUCUUCGUCGUCACCUUCUGGCUCGUCUGCCUCGGACAGGCCUACCAAGACGCGGGAGCCAACGCCUACGUCGCCAGCGUCAAGGCCGCCCACCGCUGGCUUGCUUUCAUCCAUGCCCUGUACAUGGCCGGGUGCCUGGUUGCGCCUUUCGUCGCGACGCCCAUCGCGUCCGCCGGCGAGACUUCCCGCUGGUACCUCUUCUACACCUUCCCGCUGGCCAUUGGCGCCGUCAACCUUGCUCUGACGUUCUAUGCCUUCCGCGACACCAUCAAGCUUGGACGCAAGUCAGGCUCACCAGAGCAUGGGGGGCCGCAUACGGACACCGGAGAGAAGAAGAGCGCAUCACAGCUGGUGAAGAUUACUCUCAUGGAUAAGUCGCUGUGGAUGAUAAGCCUUUUCUUCUUCUUCCUCCUUGGGGCGUCUAUCACGGCCAGCGGGUGGAUCGUGGAGUACCUCGUCGAAAUCCGCAAUGGCGACCUCGGACAGAUGGGAUACGUUCCAGCCGGGUUCAACGGGGGUGCGAUGCUGGGUCGCCUCCUUCUGGCCGAGCCUACCUAUCGUCUCGGCGAGCGGAGAAUGGUCCUGGUUUAUGUUGUCCUCUGCAUUGCUUUCCAGUUGGUCUUCUGGCUGUGAGUUCCCCUCCAACUUGUCCUAGGAAAAGAGUUCCGUGGGCCCCGCUGACGUGGUUCACUGUGUCCCCAACAUCAUCGCUGCCUCUGUGGCCGUGAGCUUUGUCGGGUUCUUUUCUGGUCCGUUCUUUGCAACCGGUAUUUCUGUCGGCUCCAAGCUCUUCUCGCCAGAGAUUCAACCAACAGCACUUUCUUUCGUGUUUGUGUUUGGACAGAUUGGGGGUUCUAUUUUCCCCGUGAUGACGGGUAUCAUUGCGUCUCGCGCUGGAGUGGGCAUAUUGCAACCUGUUCUCGUCGCCUUGAUCGCUGGGACGGGCAUCAGCUGGUUGCUGGUACCGAAACCAAAGCAAUCAGGCAAUAGGUCUCUGCAUGAAGAGUAACCAUAUCACCUAGCAGCCAAGUUUUGUGUUACACUGCAUUCCUCCAAAAGUAUUUCGGAUGACAAAGAAUUACCACAAAUUGGCUGUCUUGUGGGAGGUGGGAGGGCAAGGCUCAUGGAAUGUGCCCUUGACUAUGUGAACAUUCUGUCAGCCAAAGUCCGUUCUGUUCUGGAUAACAGAAAUGCAGGGAGCUUGAAGAACGCGUUCAUUGACAAAAAGCCAUAUGAAGAACAGCUUGUCAAAGAAGGGAUGAGAUGCAAAGUAGUCGAGUCCCCUUCUAGCUGUUUUUUCGAACAACACCAUCGACUGUGUUUUCCGUUUCUCAUAGUAAUAGCCUGCUUUAAAAAGGCCAUAGGACGAACUGUGAUAUUGAAAUGAAUUAAAUGUAAGCGUCAUUGGUUUACUAUCGGUGGAUUAUGCUUCCCCCACUACGACACUGAC